GAUCCAGGCGGCGCGGCUCAGGCGUUGGAGCGGGCGGCCGCAGGCGCCGCCGCCUCCUCCUCCAUGGCUGUUUACCCGGCUGCAUUGUGGGAGUUUGACCUCCGCCGCCGCCAACCGCCGCCUCAGCUUGCGCCGCCGCCGCCGCCGCGCACGCCAUGGGAGCCGUGACUGACGACGAAGUCAUACGAAAGCGUCUCCUGAUUGAUGGAGAUGGUGCUGGAGAUGAUCGGAGAAUUAAUCUGCUUGUGAAAAGUUUCAUUAAAUGGUGCAAUUCUGGAUCCCAGGAAGAAGGAUAUAGCCAAUAUCAACGUAUGCUAAGUACAUUGUCCCAAUGUGAAUUUUCAAUGGGUAAAACACUGCUGGUAUAUGAUAUGAAUCUCAGAGAAAUGGAAAAUUAUGAAAAAAUUUACAAGGAAAUAGAAUGUAGCAUUGCUGGAGCACAUGAAAAAAUUGCUGAGUGCAAAAAGCAGAUUCUUCAAGCAAAACGAAUACGAAAAAAUCGCCAAGAAUAUGAUGCUUUGGCGAAAGUGAUCCAGCAUCACCCAGACAGACAUGAAACAUUGAAGGAACUUGAAGCUCUGGGAAAAGAAUUAGAGCAUCUUUCACACAUUAAAGAAAGUGUUGAAGAUAAGCUGGAAUUGAGACGGAAACAAUUUCAUGUUCUUCUUAGUACCAUCCAUGAACUGCAGCAAACACUAGAAAAUGAUGAAAAGCUCUCAGAGGUCGAAGAAGCUCAAGGAACAAGCAUGGAAACAGAUCCUAAACCAUGAUCAUUCACCAUUCCCACAAAUAUUGAAGUAGUAAUAUCUUAGUGUGUUAGAAUUUGUUGUGCUCUCUUGAGAUAGUGUUGGUAGUAAGCUACUUCACUUUUUAAUUAUUAAUGCACAGGUCACAUUCCUUUACAUAAAAAAAAUUAGUAUAGACAUGUUGUUAAGGAACUGCCUUUUUUAUUAAAUAUGAAGGUUAGAACAGUAUUCAAAUAUAAUAAAAUACUAUCAAACCAAA